GCGGCUCUGGCUACCAUGGUAACUGGCACACACCCCUCGGCGCGUGCGCACAGUGACGGCUCCGGCCGGUCCCCCGGAAGUGCUUGCCUCUGGGUCACGGCGCAGGCGCAGAAUACGCGGGGCGCCGCGCGGGGCGCCGGUACGCUGUUUGCGGGUCUCCGCGCGGGUGUUGGGUGCAGGUGCCGGUCGUGUCGGUGUGGGCGUCAUGUCAGACAACGAGGACAAGAGGGCCAGGAGAACGUUGAGAUCCUUCCCUCUGGAGAGCGACCACAGGCCAACCAGAAGCGAAUCACCACACCAUAUAUGACCAAGUAUGAGCGAGCCCGCGUACUCGGCACCCGUGCCCUUCAGAUCGCGAUGUGUGCCCCUGUGAUGGUGGAGCUGGAGGGGGAGACAGAUCCCUUGCUCAUCGCCAUGAAAGAGCUCAAGGCCCGAAAGAUCCCCAUCAUCAUUCGUCGCUACCUGCCAGACGGGAGCUAUGAAGACUGGGGGGUAGACGAGCUCAUCAUCACCGACUGAGCUGGAAUCAUCUUCCUGACUGUGCCUCAUCCUAGUUUCUAUUUUCACAUUCUUUAUACUUGUAAAUAAUAAACUGUUCAACCUUUCA